AUGUCGCACGAAGCUCUCAACCCCAUCCACCCCUCUGUCCUUCCCCACCUCGACCCAGUGUUUGUUGAUCUUUAUAACAAACACGUCGCCAAUACCCCGGCUGGACCAAUCGAUUUGUCGGUUCUACGAACAAAAUAUUCGGUUCUUUACUCCUAUGGUACUGGACCUGCACCAGAAUGCGCACGAGUCUACGAUAGCGAGGUUCCUGGCCACAACGGCGAAUCUAUUCCAGUGCGGGUGUAUGAGCCUGCAUCACCUGGUCCAUGGCCGGUACACAUUGAUUUCCACGGUGGAGGUUGGGGAUUGGGUGAUCUCGACACCGAAUCCCACAUUUGCAAACACAUCUGCGUCAAGGCCAAUGUUUGCGUGAUAGACGUGGACUACCGAUUGGUGCCAGAGUUUGCAUUCCCAAUCGGAGUACAAGAUUCGUUUGCGGCCCUACAACACAUCUUCGCCAAAGGAGCCGACCGAUUCAAAAUCGACCCAACGCGCAUUUCAUUGGGAGGAGUCUCCGCCGGUGCCAAUAUCGCCUUGGUCUGCGCCCAUCUCGCUCGCGAUAACAAUAUUCCUCUGAAACUAGUCGCUGUGGGAACGCCUGUGGUCGAUGAUAUUUCAAAAUACAACUCGGCGUCUGAUGCACCAUGGGAAUCGAUGCACCAAAUGGAGCACGCACCUACACUGAACUGGGCUCGGCUGAAGUGGUUCGAUAAUUUGAAGUGGCAAAGCAUCGCGGCGGAGGGUCCAAUUCGUGGGCAGCAAUUGGCUGCUGUGAAGUGGUACGCUGAUAUUCUGCAAGCACCCAGCUUCGCCGGCCUUCCCAAGACGGUUAUUUACACAGCUGGAUGUGACCCUCUGCGCGAUGAGGGCGAGGCGUAUGCACGCAAGCUGAUUGAGGGUGGAAACGAGGUUAUUCAAAAACGGUUCGCGGGUGUUCCUCACCCCUUUAUGCACAUGGAUAAGGAUUUGUGGCAGGCGAAGGAGUUUAUUGAUAUGACGGCAGAUCACAUCAAGGCUACGCUCCACGCUUGA